UAGAACAGGAAGAACAAAGCAGGGAAAGCAGGUGGAGAGCGACAAGGUACAGAAAGCCAGCCGCUUUGAACUAUGCUGACACCUUUCCCACACUCGCUUACAGAUAAACCCAUAGAUCUGAGGAGCCAGUCAAAAAUAUAUUUUCUUUCUGGCUUCAACUUUUCAGCUGGACUUGAAGCUGACAAAUGUAGCUCUGACUUCAUGUGAUUUUUAUGCUUUUUUUGUUCUUUAUAUCAUUGCAAACUUCAAAGAAGAAACAACCACCUUCACAAGAAACCAACAGCGAGGAGAUUGCAAAAAAAAACACAGGAAAGGGCAAAUGUCUUUAUAGAUUUUCACCUGAUGACUUUAACGUGGAAGGUCUUGUGGACUACUAGAAUGAAGAGGGCUUUUCAGAAUUCCCUUGCAUCCAUUGCAAUUACCAGGCUUUUGAAGGAUUUUUGGGCAGAUAAACUCUGAAUACAUGUUUAUAUAUAAUUAGUUACCUACUAGAAAAGACCCCUAAGUCCUUAAAAUGGCCAACUCUCAGCUAAAAUGCUUGGAAGAUGAGCUGGAAUUUAUAAACAUUUCUGAAGCAAGUCCUCAGUUUUACUAUUCAGAGAAACAAAGAACUGCCUUAGAAGCACUUUUAUCUUCUGGAGAAGCUGCUUUCAACAGUUACCUUAAAAAUGAAGGAGCUCGACAGUUUUUAUCAAAGGAAGAAAUUAUUUCUCUAGAAAGCACUGCAGUGGACUCUCAACUAGGAAAACUAGAAUAUGAGGAGGAUUCGGAGCUGGAUGAAGAUUUAACUGUAAGUUACUGGCCAGGAAAAUCCGAUGUACCAACACCUAUGCUGGAUCUUGGAUGGCCAGAGGGAGACACGUGGAAAGGAAUUACACGAGCAGACGUUUACACACAUCCUCCUACCAACAAUGCUCCUCACAUUAAAGUGGUGGUUCGAAGAACAAUCCAAAAUGCAACAAAGGUCAUUGCUGUUGUGAUGGACAUAUUCACAGAUCCAGAUAUUUUCUUGGACAUGUAUGAAGCAGCUACACGACGCAUGGUUCCUGUAUACAUAAUCCUAAGUUUAAGUCAUCUGUCUUCAUUUAUUCAUAUGCUGGAAACAACUGGAAUCAAUGUUAGAUUCACAGAGAAUAUUCGUGUAAGGGUCAUUUCUGGAUGCACAUUUAGUAGUCGAAAAUUAAAGCAAGUAACAGGAGUGCUGAAAGAGAAAUUUCUGCUGGUGGAUUGCAAUACUGUAAUUACUGGAACAUAUAGUUUCACAUGGAGUGAUUCAAGACUAAACAGAAACUUGAUCACACUUUUAACUGGAGAAAUAACCGAUUCGUUUGAUAAUGAGUUUCGUACACUAUUUGCAGCUUCUCAACCACUUCAGAAAUAUGAUUUUGUCAAGGAUCCCAACAAAGAUUCUCAAAAUAGAGUUAUAAUACCGUCGCCUACACCAGCACUGCCUAAAGAUACUGAAAACGUAAAUUCCACUGCGCAGGCUGUGCCAGUUGUGCCAGAACCCUACACAAAUGGAUUUUACUCACCUCAAAGAUUUACCACCCAUGGAGCUUUGCAGCCAACAGAUGUCAUUUCAUCCCCUUACCUAAUCCCAAUGGGUGGACUGCAGUUGUCGAAAAGUAUUAAUAACAUAGCAGCGCGGCGGACAGUUGUACCAGCUAUAGUAAAGAGUAAUGGUAUGGAUGCUGGAUUUAACAGGACUUCAGGUGUACCUCAAGAUUCUUCAGCCGCAGCUAAAAGUGCAGUAAAUGUGCCUGAUUACUCCAUUCGCCACCGCCUUGCUGCCUGUCACAAUUUUGAAGGACCUGCCAUGAACUUUCGUAAUGCUCAGGAGUCUCACAGUGCUUUGAGUGAUAUUUUAAAGAAUGUUCAGCGGAAUAGGUUAUCCGUGGCUAAGACAACAGGGGGAAGGCCGAGCAAGUCUCUUUGGGAUCUUAGUCAGCUGUCUCAAUUGUCAGGCUGCAGUGGAGAACCUAGUUUGAGGCAAAACCCCUUAGAACUUGGGGAGGACACAAAGAGCAAAUCAAGAUGGUCUAUAAAGGAUACCCCAGCAAUGCUACUGAUGCGACAAAGAGCUUUUCCCGAAGACAACAGGCAUCGAGAGACCAACCUUGUGUCAUUUCAGUCACCAAAUAAUAUGACACCAGUAAGACUGCAAGGACAGUUAUUGCACGGUGUGUCUACAACCUCUUUGGCUAGACCAUGGACUAGUACCUCAAGACAACUUGGAAGACCAACAUACUAUUAAUGAUAUGUAGUAAUUGCUGGCCUUAUUCUGUUCCAUUCCGGUUCUAAUGGUCCUACGCUGAACUUGACAAUUUUUCUUUCUAUAUGCACUGCUUCAUUUACUGUCUUAUUAGCUUGAUUACUGACAGAGUAAGCUAAGUAGUAAGAGAGCUGGUGUCAAUUUGGAGAGAAAAUUUAGUGGAGGGGCUAUCUUGUGUUCCUGUUAUAGUCUAUAAGCCUGAUGAAGAUUCAGGUUACUGUGUACCAUCAAAUGAAUUGAGCAGGAGAUAUCAUAGAAAAAGU